AUGGAAGCGAUUGGAAGCGACUCUUCGGGUCUCAACUCAUCUCACAUUCAAUUCAUCGCAGUCAAUGACGACAUGAGUGGAGACAAUAGCGAUUGGAAGCGACUCUUCGGGUCUCAACUCAUCGAACAUUCAAUUCAUCUCGGAGUCAAUGAAGACAUGAGUGGAGACAAUGCGGUCACCAAUGGAUCCGUUGAUGUGAAGGACAGCACCGGUAGUCUGGAUAUGACUCAAAGGUUUAAGACAUCACUAGUGGUCUCACAGACGACCCCUUCCUCUGAGUCUUCGCUUGAGUUC